ACUUCUCUCAAGAUCCGAAACAUUUCAUCUUCAGUUCGUAGUGAAAAGAGAGAGAAAGUAUCGAAGAGGCGGCGACCUGAAGGAUUCACACUAUAAACCCUAGAGCUUGAGGACGAUGUGGAGGAGAGCCUCUUCGCAGCUCCAUACCCUCGCCGCCGCCCCAUGGCGUCGAUCCGCUGUUCAGCUCCCCUCCGGUUACGCCCUGAGAAGCCCACUCCCCGCCCUCGCCUCGUCCCCCUCGCUGUUCCACACCACCUCCCAUCUCUUCUCCACCGAAUCGGAUAAGCCGAAGCGGGUGGAGGACGUGAUGCCGAUCGCCACUGGGCAUGAGCGUGAAGAGAUUGAGGCCGAGCUCCAGGGAAAGAAACGUUUUGAUAUGGAUGCUCCUGUUGGGCCAUUUGGAACCAAGGAGGCACCUGCAGUCAUCCAGUCCUACUAUGACAAGAGAUUAGUUGGAUGCCCUGGAGGCGAAGGUGAGGAUGAACAUGAUGUUAUUUGGUUUUGGCUCGAGAAAAACAAGCCACAUGAGUGCCCUGUGUGCUCCCAGUACUUCGUGCUUGAGGUAAUUGGUGAGGGAGGCCCUCCUGAUGGACAUGGUGAUGAUGAACAUCAUCACUAAGACAUGUUGCUGCUUCUAAAGGAAAUAAGUUUGGGCAAGAGAUUCUGUUUCUGUGAUAUUAUAUGUACCUUGAACAGCUUUCUUUUCCGCUUGUUCAAAAUUUUAUCCAUGAGACCGGCGAAGUUGACGUCGGUGAUGGCUUUUUGUUUUCGCAUGGCUUGUUGGUCAUCUAUUUGACCUGGAUUCUUUUAGCGAACUACAAUUCUUCAAAUAAUUUACGGCUGCUUUCAGUUCAACAGACCUUUUUCAAGCUCCAAAUGAACCUGUUUCAAUUCUAGCAUCUCAUUGCAUUCUGAAGGAAAAAUGAUUAUGAAUGUGUGCAGUGUUUGGAUGUAUCAAGAAUGAUUUUAAUUGCUGAAUUUCAUUGGCUAAUUCAUUAC